UUGAAUAUCGGUUUAAUAGUAGGUUUCAGGCGGGAUAUUACACGGAAACCCCAGGAAAAAGAACAGUGCUCUGCUACAAAGGAAAGCCAUGACAAGCCUAGCAGCAGCUCGGUGCACCCGCUAUUUGACAUGGGUACAGUAGAGUCCAAUACAAGCAGCUCGUUUUCAAAGUCGGUGCAAAAGGAUUUGAUCGCUGAGAUACCUGCGAAGGCUUUGAAACCUCAUGUUUCUACCAUAAAAGGAAGCGACGGGAAGUCUAUCAGUGCUAAUGUAUUUAACGCCACCCAGUUGAUUGACGACGAAAUGGCAGGUUCCUCAGAAGAUAAACAGAAUGAUUUGCCUUUGUUUGCACCGCCUAUAAAAGCGGCACCAAGUGCGGGUUUUCUCGACGAUAUGGUUUUCACGUUCGGUGCACCCGUUGAGCGUUUGCCGGGACAAAAUAUUGAAAGAACUUCAACAGAAUGUGAUAGGAGCGGUUCUGAUGGAUCAGAAAGUAGCGAUAACGAUUCGGAUAAUGAACAGAGCAGCUCUACAUCUGAUGCGGAAGAAGCAAGUGAAAACGUCAAGGAGCCAAAGCCUUCUCGUCCACCUACUGCUGCUGACAGCGAAACUUCUGGUGUCAUUUCUUCAAACGUUACUCCAGCUUCGUCAAAAGAUGUAUCGCCACAAACAAAGAAUGAAACCUCAUGGAGUUGUCCGGAUUGCUUCAUUACAAACAAGAAUGUCUCCAUCUGUGCUGCCUGUGGACAUAAUAAGGAUGCUUCGACUGCUUCUAAGACAUUGGUCUCCAACAUUUCGACGUUUGGGAAACCUAGCGCCAGCGGAUUCCGAUUCGGAAUCGGUUCUGAGGGAGCUAAAAACAGUGGGACGACUUCAAGCACCAUAUCGUCAGCACCAAAGGAAACUGCUUGGGGUAGCAAUGGCGUGCCACCCUCUAAACCCGCUCCUCCAGUUGUGGCUCCGGAAUCGAAGCAGGAUUCUUGCAAAAAUUCUACGACGAACAAUGCAUCUACAACAGCCGCAGCAGAAGCCAAAGCAGGUGGAUCAGACAAGAAACGCGUACCGUGGGAGUGUCCCGAUUGCAUGGUUCAGAAUAAGGAGUCUGAUGACAAGUGUGUGUGUUGCGGUCAUGUUAUGUACAAGUCUGAAGGCGAUUCAUCAAAAGCGAAUACAAAUGUCUUUGGUGAUCGUGCCUUUAAAGCUGCGCCGCUUCCUUCCACUGGAGUUUCGUUCGGCUUUGGUACUGCCAACAGUACUUCUGGAGGUAUUAAAUUCGGCUUCGGUGCUGCGAGCGAGAAACAACCCGUUACACAACCGGAGUCAAGCAUUUCAAAACCUCCUAGCGUGGAACCUGCGCCUGCAACCACUGACACAGCUGUUUCAUCAGUACCCGCCAAAGAAACGUCGAUAACAAAAACUUCAUCAACCCCCGUAUUCGAGAGUUCGACAGUAAAUACCGAUCAGACAAAGCUACCGCCGCCGACAUUCUCGUUGGGUGCUGGAGCUGCAAUCUUUGGCGCCGGAGCAAAGCCUCCGUUGUUUGGCUCGUCAUCAUCUUCAUUGUUUAACACUUCUCAUUCCACUGGAUCAUUGCUGGCAACACCAUCUUCGACCACACCGGCAUCUACAUUACCUACAAUAAGCGAAUCGCAGGCUGCAUCUACCGCCGCUCCUGCGCCAUUUGGAUUUGGAACAACACCUUCCACGAAUGGCACCAAACCGUUUAGUUUAUUCGAUAGCAAAAAAGAAGAAAGUACCACGAAAGCGCCAUUAUUUGGAAGUGGACUAUCCUUUGGAAACGGGCCAAGUGCUACUGAACAAGUUUCAUCUUCUACGGGUAUUCUUGGUGCACCAAAUGCAGGAUCUGCCGAGAAACCUUUGAGUGGAUCAGGCACAAGUCUGUUUGGUGCUAGCGCAGCUACGAAGCCAUUGUUCCCUACAUUUGGAAAUCCACCAUCAGAUCCCAAGCCUUUCAUGGCUACUGCCAAUACUUCUGCUGAAAGCUUCAAGCCGUCACCGUUUGGGGCUGCUCUAGCAGGACCCAGUGAAACCCAGAAGCCCUCUCUUUUUGGUGCUUCAUCAACAAACUCUGUUAACAAACCAUUAUUUGGCUCUAGUGUUGCUCCUGCCGCUCCUACUGCGAAUGGUGGACUUACUUUUAGUUUUGGAUCAAACAGCAAUGCAUUUGGAGCGUUCAGUGCUGCGAAUUCUUCCACUCCUUCCAUUCCUUCCGUGCCAUCCACAUCAUCAACUACUUCCAUAUUUGGUAGCGCUCCAGCUGUUGCUGAUACAUCCAAGCCCUUCCAAUUUGGUGCCACCAUACCCGAGCCGACAUUCCAAUUUGGGCAAUCAACAGCUUUCAGUGGAUCAGCUCCAUUUCAGUUCGGCUCUUCACAACCGGCUGCUCCAGCAGUGCCAACUUUCCAAAUUCCGGGUAUUACCGCUCCAGCUGCGCCAAGCUCCAACUUUUCAUUCACAUCUAGCGGCACUCGAAAAAUGGUGGCUGCUCGGCGUCGUCUGCCUCAGCGGAAAUGA